AAGGGAGGGAGAGAGAGAGCAGAGAGGGAAAGAGGUGGGGAAAAGAGGGGGAGAGCAGUGGAGGUUGGAUAAGGGAGGGAGAAAGAGAAAGAGGGAGCGAUAGGGAGAAGGAGAGACAGAGAGAGGGAGGGAGAGAGAGACAGAGAGCCAAAGAAGAGAUCUGUGGUCCUGCAGACAGACGGGUUGUGUGAGGCGCAGGGAGAGAGAGAUCCUGAGAGAACGAGUGAAAUUCGGAACCCGGCAUCGAGCUCCUGUGAGUCCUCCCACCCCUCUCGCCGCUCCGCUGUCCCGCUCAGAUGAUGUCAUCGGAACUCCUUUCUCCUGGUUGGCUGCAGCAGCUGCUGCUGGUGCUGCUGAAGCUCACCGCGUCGUGCGCGGGCCCCACGAGGCCAGCCAAUGGGACGGCCUGCCCGACGCGAGAGCCCGCCUCCUACAUCCUGGUGUUCACGGGCCACUGGAGCCCCCAGACCUUCCCGAAACAGUACCCCCUGUUCCGGCCCCCUGCGCAGUGGUCCAAGCUCAUAGCGGUGACCCACAGCGCGCAGUUCCGGCUCUGGCAGGAGGGGGCGCUGGCGAGCGCGGGGGUGCAGAGCUUCGCGGAGCGGGGGUUGACGGUGGGCCUGAUGAAGGAGGCGCGGGAGGGGCGGAAGAGGCGGGCGGUGGGGGCCAUGUACCGAACCGCCGGCAUCCCCACCGGGAUCGGGCACAGCUCCACAGAGCUCCAGCUGCUGCCCCGGAACCCCCUGCUGUCUCUGAUGGUGAGGGUAAUCCCCAGCCCUGAUUGGUUCGUUGGGGUGGACAGCCUCAGCCUGUGCAAAGGGGGCCAGUGGCAGGAGGAGGUGACCGUUGACCUCCACCCGUUCGACGCGGGGACGGACAGCGGCUUCACCUUCUCCUCCCCAAACUACCCCACCGUGCCGCCAGAGAACAUCACACAGAUCACGUCGCAGAACCCCAACCAUCCGGCGAACUCCUUCUUCUACCCCCGUCUACAAGAGCUCCCCCCGCUGGCCACGAUUAGGCUCCUGCGCCAGACCCGAGGCUCCACCCACCAAAACACACUGUCCAAUCACAUCCUGCCUCAUCUCAACACGCCCCAGCGAUUCUCAGAAACUCCGCUGGACUGUGAGGUGUCUCUCUGGUCGUCCUGGGGUCUCUGUCUGGGACCCUGCGGCAAGGAGGGGGUCCGGUACCGUACCCGCUACAUCCUGCUGCGCCCCUCCAACAGCGGCACCCCCUGUCCCGAGCUGGAGGAGCAGGCCGAGUGCAGCCCGGCCCAGUGCCCCAAACAGCACUGAGACUGCCCCCGGCCCCUGCCCCUGCGUCUGACCUCUCCCCCGCCCCGCCCUCAACCAUGCUUCCGCCUCCACCCCCGCCAUUGCCCCCACACCCGCCCCUGCCCCGCCCUCGCCCCUGCUUUCACCCUUGCCCCCGACCCCACCCUUAUUCCCCCUGCCCCUAACAAAACCCCUGCCCCUGCCCCCUACUAUUGAGUAUACACUCACAGGGCACUUUAUUAGGUACACCUGUUCAACUGCAAACUGCACCCGUUAACACAAAUAUCUAAUCAGCCAAUCAUGUGGCAGCAACUCAAUGCAUUUAGGCAUGUAGACAUGGUUAAGACGAUAUCUGCUGAAGUUCAAACCAAGGAUCAGAAUGGGGAAGAAAGGUGAUUUAAGUGACUUCGAACGUGGCAUGGUUGCUGGUGCCAGACGGGCUGGUUUGAGUAUUUAAAAAACUGCUGAUCUACUGGGAUUUUCACGCACAAGCAUCUCUAGGGUUUACAGAGAAUGGUCCAAAAAAGAGGAAAUAUCCAGUGAGUGGCAGCUCUCUGGGCGAAAAUGCCUUGUUGAUGCCGGAGGUCAGAGGAGAAUGGCCAGGCUGGUUCGCGUUGAUAGAAAGGCAACAGUAACUCAGAUAACCGCUCGUUACAACCGAGGUAUGCAGAAGAGCAUCUCUGAACGCACAACAUGUCAAACCUUGAAGCUGAUGGGCUACAGCAGCAGAAGACCAACCCGGAACUAGCAAGGUGUACCUAAUAAAGUGGCCGGUGAGUGUACAAGUUGUUUGCCCCUUGUACGCUCAAUAGUAGGCACAUGCGCUGAUUUGGACACGGCUGUGUUGUGUUCACUCCCCCCUCCCUGUCCCCCCCCUUCCCACUCAGUGUGCCCCCAGCCACAUCAUCUCUCUGAUAUUCAGGACAUUGCAGACGUUCAGAUGCGUAAAUCUUCCCUUAGACAUGCAGACAGGCAUGCGUGUCCGUGUACACACCCCCCAAUGAUUCUGCCACGACACUUUGAGUGACACGCACACCAAACUGUAUGAGUGAUGGCACAUUAACAGUUCAAGGUUCCAACGUCGUAUACCAGGAAAGAACACGUGCAAACCCUUUACAGCCGUAGAGCUAGACGGAGGUUUAAUUUUGGGCUGGUUCCCCUGAUUCUAAGUCCUCUAAAAAAAACAGGCGAUUAAAAAAAAAAAUUUCACAGUCUGCAUUACAGAAUAUCCCUGAAAGCUACUGUUACACGGAGACACGGAUGGGAGGGUAUAUUGAGCGAUGAUGUCACAGCAUUAGAAAUGCAUUCAUCAGCGAUUACACACUGUCAUUGGAAGCGCACAGUCUCAGACUCGAAAGCUAUGUAAUUACACCAUUCCUCCACCAAAUCCAUCCGUAACCAAAAUGUCCGUCAGAAUUACGCAGUGAAGCCUUGGUAAACCGCUGCCCUCUCUCACCAGAACAAUUUUACCAUUGCAGUAUUUAUACGUUAAAUUACAGGACAUAUUAAAUGUAUUUCAUUUCUGUUUCCUGUUUAAAAAAAAAAUCUUAUUUGUAUAUAUGUUUUUAUUUUAUCUUGUGUAGCUCACAAAUAAAUAUUGAGCUGAUUUCUGUAAA